AUGCCUGAAAUUACAGAAAUUGCCGAUAGUGAUGAAGAGUUUCAAGAUGCUGUUGGUGAUAACGAAACCGUGACAGCAAAACCAACAGCUGAUGUCACUGCAAAGUCCAAUGAAGCUAUUGUUGAUGAAAUUAUUAAACAGCAGGGUGAUUUACAUCUGAAUGAUGACGAGGAGGAGUCAGCUAGCUGUAGCAAUAAUGCCGAUAAAGAAGCCAACACAGUUCCUGAAUAUCUACACGAUGAAAUCGAUGAGGAAGCUCUGAAGGAAAAAGAAAAAUCAAUGACCGCCGAAGAAUUGGAGGCGAACAAAGAAAAGGCCCAAAAAAUGAAAUUGGAAGCAAAUGAGCUAUUCAAAAAUAAUGAGUCAGAACGGGCCAUUGAUAUCUACACGGAAGCAUUGGGUAUUUGUCCAACAACCUAUACCAAAGAUCGGGCGGUGUUGUAUGGCAAUAGAGCAGCUGCCAAAAUUAAAAUUGAAAAUAAAAAAUCCGCAAUAGAAGAUUGCACAAAAGCCAUUGAACUCUGGCCCGAAUAUGUAAGGGCUUUGAUGAGACGUGCCAAACUCUAUGAACAUGAUGAUAAAUUGGAUGAAGCUUUGGCCGACUAUAAACGAGCGUUUGAAUUGGAUCCAGGCCAAGGUGAGGCCCGAGAGGCCAUGCUACGUUUACCGCCUCAAAUUGAAGAGCGCAACGAACGUUUGAAGGAAGAAAUGAUGAGCAAACUGAAAGAUUUGGGAAAUAUGAUUUUGAAACCAUUCGGUUUGUCCACAUCCAAUUUCCAAAUGCAAAAAGAUCCCACAACGGGGUCAUAUUCCAUUAAUUUUAAUCAAAGUCCCAGCUAG